AUGACAACUAACCAGGGGAGCACGGCGCAAGAAAAGCCGCAAGAGGCGGCGGCUAGAACGCUUGAACGAGCCGAACCGGAGCCUGCGCUUCCGAUAAGCGCCGCUGAUGCCCCAUCUGCCGUCCCCGCAGCCGCUUUCCCUCCGCAGCCUGUUCCGCCUCUCCUACAAUACGUCCCGCCUCUCCCCCAAUACGUUCCGCCUCUCCCCCAAUACCUUCCGCCUCACCCCCAAUCUGCUCCGCCAGUCGCCGUGAUGGGCACUCCCGUGGCGUCGCCGUGGCCUGCUCGUUGCGCCAAACCCGAGAAUAGCCGCGUGGUGAUAUCACGGGUGGAGGGUGGGGCGCUGGAGGUGCGAAUACCUGGGGAAGGUGGAUGCUCCUUCUGGCUCCUCACUCUCCUUCUGGUGAGACCAUACCCUCACUCUCCGUCUGGCUCCUCACUCUCCGUCUGGCUCCUCACUCUCCUUCUGGCUCCUCACUCUCCUUCUGGCUCCUCACUCUCCUUCUGGCUCCUCACUCUCCUUCUGGCUCCUCACUCUCCUUCUGGCUCCUCACUCUCCUUAUAG